GCUGAGAUCACAUCACGCACCAGGAGGAGUGUGCAUGCCCUGUAUGUUAUAACAUCAUACACCAUGUACGUGUCUUCUUGUCAGUAAAUACUCAUCCACAAGUCAGUUUUAAGUGGCUGAAGCAUGUUACAUUUCAUGGAGGUAGCAGAAGUUAUUCAGCAAAUCCAUUCUUGGGCAUUUAUUUGGGUUAAUUCUUGUUACAAUGACAAGCAGCUCAUUUGGUUAACUUUUUUUCCUGUCUCCUCUUUUUUCAGUCGAUGUUCUAGAAAAUAGCAUGUUCUGGUCUUCUUGACCUUCCUUUUGCAAGGGUGUGUGAGUCAGUCUUCCCGUGGUGUCCGUGUGUGAGUCGUCCUGGUGCGGGUUUGUUGUGAUUCCACCUGCCUACGUCACGUUUCUCUUUGCAGCCGUGACCGCUUGUUUUCCACAGGAGACAGUGUCGUGUGGUUAUAAGAACAGGUGUCAUGCAGCGGCUCUUCCCGGAGCACGUGGUUGCCAUAAGCUCACGCUCCCUUCCUGUCUUCCAGUGGGGAGGCUGGUCGCCAAGAAAACAUCAUAAACAGAAUUCUCUGGACGCCUACCGAUUGACAGUGUCGUGUAUUUUUAUUUAAAAUGACUGUUGUUCACUUGCUACUCAGAAACAUGUUGCAAACUUGACCUGUAUAUUUGCCACGGUUUUAAUGUUCUUUGAAAUGGCAGGUGAUUUAAAAGAAGUGACUUUGUCCUUGCCAUUACUUCUGAAUAGUCACUAGAGUGACACACUACAAAGCAGUGGAUGAAUGGCUACGUAUAUACUAAUUCUGAAGGCGGACUCUAUAUAUGCAUGAAUACAUUUUUGGCCUUUGGAAGGGAACAUGUUGAAAGACAUUUUCGAAAAACUGGACAGAGCGUAUACAUGCACCUGAAAAGACACGUGCGAGAGAAGGUAAGAGGGGCGUCUGGUGGAGCUUUACCAAAAAGGAGGAAUUCCAAGCUUUUUUUAGAUCUAGAUACUGAUGACGAUUUAAAUAGCGACGAUUUGGAAUAUGAAGAUGAAGCCAAACUUGUUAUAUUCCCAGAUCACUAUGAAAUAGCACUACCAAAUAUUGAGGAGUUACCAGCCCUGGUAACAAUCGCUUGCGAUGCUGUUCUCAGCUCAAAAUCUCCGUACAGAAAGCAGGACCCAGAUACAUGGGAAAAUGAAUUGCCAGUGUCGAAAUACGCCAACAACCUCACCCAGCUGGACAAUGGUGUCAGGAUUCCUCCAAGUGGUUGGAAGUGUGCCAGAUGCGACCUGCGAGAAAACCUGUGGCUGAAUCUGACUGACGGCUCUGUUCUGUGUGGAAAGUGGUUCUUUGACAGCUCUGGGGGCAACGGGCAUGCUCUGGAGCAUUACAGAGACACGGGCUACCCGCUAGCCGUGAAACUGGGAACCAUCACUCCUGAUGGGGCAGAUGUUUAUUCUUUUCAAGAAGAAGAGCCUGUUUUGGACCCUCACCUGGCCAAGCAUUUGGCGCAUUUUGGAAUUGACAUGCUCCACAUGCAUGGGACGGAGAAUGGGCUCCAGGACAAUGAGAUCAAGCCGAGGGUCAGUGAGUGGGAGGUGAUCCAGGAGUCGGGCACAAAGCUGAAGCCGAUGUACGGUCCCGGCUACACGGGGCUGAAGAACCUGGGCAACAGCUGCUACCUUAGCUCCGUCAUGCAGGCCAUCUUCAGCAUCCCGGAGUUCCAGAGAGCGUAUGUAGGAAACCUUCCCAGAAUAUUUGACUACUCGCCUUUAGAUCCAACGCAGGAUUUCAACACACAGAUGACUAAGUUAGGACAUGGCCUUCUCUCAGGCCAGUAUUCCAAGCCUCCAGUGAAAUCCGAACUCAUCGAGCAGGUGAUGAAGGAGGAGCACAAGCCACAGCACAACGGGAUCUCUCCGCGCAUGUUUAAGGCCUUUGUAAGCAAGAGCCACCCGGAAUUCUCCUCUAACAGACAGCAGGACGCCCAGGAGUUCUUCUUGCACCUGGUGAAUCUCGUAGAGAGGAACCGCAUCGGCUCAGAAAACCCGAGUGAUGUUUUCCGAUUUUUGGUGGAAGAACGCAUUCAGUGCUGCCAGACCCGGAAAGUCCGCUACACGGAGAGGGUGGAUUACCUGAUGCAGUUACCUGUGGCCAUGGAGGCGGCGACCAACAAAGAUGAACUGAUCGCUUAUGAACUAACGAGAAGGGAAGCAGAAGUGAACAGAAGACCCCUUCCUGAGCUGGUGCGUGCCAAGAUACCGUUUAGUGCCUGCCUUCAGGCCUUCUCUGAACCAGAAAACGUUGACGAUUUCUGGAGCAGUGCCCUACAAGCAAAGUCCGCGGGUGUGAAAACAUCUCGCUUUGCCUCAUUCCCCGAAUACUUGGUAGUACAGAUAAAGAAGUUCACUUUUGGUCUUGACUGGGUUCCCAAAAAAUUUGAUGUUUCUAUUGAUAUGCCAGACCUGCUUGAUAUCAACCACCUCCGAGCCAGGGGGUUGCAGCCGGGAGAGGAGGAACUUCCAGACAUCAGCCCCCCCAUCGUCAUUCCCGAUGACUCCAAAGAUCGCCUGAUGAACCAACUGAUAGACCCAUCAGACAUUGAUGAGUCAUCAGUGAUGCAGCUGGCCGAGAUGGGUUUCCCUCUGGAAGCAUGUCGCAAGGCUGUGUACUUCACUGGAAAUAUGGGCGCUGAGGUGGCCUUCAACUGGAUCAUUGUUCACAUGGAAGAGCCAGAUUUUGCUGAACCGCUGACCAUGCCUGGUUAUGGAGGGGCAGCUUCUGCUGGAGCCUCUGUUUUUGGUGCUGCUGGAUUGGAUAACCAGCCUCCAGAGGAAAUCAUAUCUAUCAUCACCUCCAUGGGAUUUCAGCGGAAUCAGGCUAUCCAGGCACUGCGAGCAACGAAUCACAGCCUGGAAAGAGCACUGGACUGGAUCUUCAGCCACCCUGAGUUUGAAGAAGACAGUGAUUUUGUGAUUGAGAUGGAGAAUAACGCCAAUGCAAACAUUAUUUCUGAGGCCAAGCCUGAAGGACCCAGAGUGAAGGAUGGACCUGGAACAUAUGAGCUGUUUGCCUUCAUCAGUCACAUGGGAACAUCCACAAUGAGUGGUCAUUACAUUUGCCAUAUCAAAAAGGAAGGAAGAUGGGUGAUUUACAAUGACCACAAAGUCUGUGCCUCAGAAAGGCCCCCUAAAGACCUGGGCUACAUGUACUUUUACCGCAGAAUACCAAGCUAAACCUCAAAUGUAAAAAUUGGCGAGAGGAAGCCAUACACCUUUUUAAUUUGCCAAAAAAAAAAAAAAAAAAAAAAAAAAAGAAAAGAAAAGAAAAAGAAGCAGAAGAAGAAGUUGUUGAAACAAGCAGACAUGAAGGAGUACAUGGGGUAUUUAUAGUUUAUUUAAAGAGCACCAUCAGUUGACGCCUUCUGAAAUAGAACUGGGAAGAAAUUUUUAUUAGUGAUGAUACACUAUUGUAUUGUAGAUAGUUUUUAUAAAUGUUCAAGGAGAAGAUAUUUAAAAACAUAAAAGUAUUCAUAUUGCUGGUGGAGAAUCUGCCAUCAGCACAUCAAAAAUGGGGAUGUGUCCCCAGCCCUCUAUUGUGCUUUGGGGGUCAGUGGUAGUGGCCUCCAGAGAAACCAAACAAUGUGGCCAGUGGUCUGGCCUUAACCACAACAAAUGAAAAGCCCACUUGUGUUUCACAUAGAAAGUCAGCAAUUGGGCGGGGCUUUAUUUGUGACAUAAUUUUUUUCAUGACAUACAAUAAUUUCUGAUGUAUCCAUGUAGAUAUUAUGCUCUGUCCAUAAUAGAACCUCUGCAAUGAAAGAUGUUUUUAAUUUAAAGCAUAUCAAAAUUCAUAAUACGAUUGUGUGAAUGUGUGUGAGAGUGUGAGACUUUUACUAGGAAAGUGAGUCCACUAGAAAAUCUGUGACAAGUUGUUUUUAAAAAGCUGAACAGUAAUUGGUAUUAAGCAUAUCUGAAAAAAGCAAGUAAGUGUUUUAACAAAACUACAACUCAGGAAGCUUCAAGGAGAUUAGUUUCUCACUUAGAUUUUUAAGGAGUAAAAAGGGCUGAGUUAUGCUUUUCAGUGCUGUCGAAAAUUCACUUGGGUUUGGGACAUUUGCUGGUAUAACGCUAGAUGCCCACAGCAGCAUGAUAUUGUACUUUGUCAAAGGUAGAUAAAUUCUCUGUUUCUUAGCAGCCCUUUCCACAAAAGGUGUGGUGUUUAUUUUUAGUUAAAAUAGCGAAUCUCUUUUUACCAUCUCACAUGAUAACUCUCUGGAGUCAUGCUGUGUGCCCCAAGUUUGUCAGUAGCUUUCCCAUCUCUGAGCUCUUUAUCUGCCUCCAUUUCCUUGUUUCUCUGGGGCCAGAGUCUCAUCUCUGCCCUUUUUUGGUUUGUCACCUUCUGACUUGCCUUCACUGCUUCUCUGAUGUGACCAACAGUGUGAUCUUGGAUGCUCUAAGGAUUUUAGAUGCAGAGAAACUUUAUAUAACAUUAUGAAAGACGAUCCUUUCCAUUUUGAUUAUUUCAAUAUUUUAGUUGCAACCUGGGAUUAGAUGAGAUUCCAAUGUGAUAAAAAGCAGAAUGAAAGCAUUCUAUAAUUUCUGUAAUUUUCCUACUGCUUUGUACCAAAUUCCAGAAUCUCUGGAAUUGCUGUUUCAGAUUCUUCAGUCAAAUGAAAAAGGAUUUAUUGCUGUCUGUUUAUCAUGUAUUUGUGUGGUUGAAAGGGUCUUUUUAGAAACUGUAGGAAAAUAGAACCAGCCGGGUGAAAUAGAGCACAGACACUGGAUGAGGAUGAGGUGAGCUGGGAAUGAUCAGGAUUCUGGGCACAGUGGGGGCCUGUCUCACAGGUGAUCCUUUGGUGCCACAUGAGCGAGGGACAUGGUGUCUGAGGCCCCCCCAGCCUGGAUGCCUGAGCGCUGCUCCUAGCUGGCUGUGGGCCUUGGGCAGGUCCCUCGUCCCUCCUGUGCCUCCCUGCUCUCAUCUGCACAAUGGCGUGAUGACACCUGCCCUCUCUUUCUAGUCAUGCUUUGAGGAUACAGUGAGCUUGGUUAUGGUGAGCCUUCAAUGAGCAGAAUAUGGCGCGCCACGGUUAAAGUGAGCCUUCAGUGAGCAGAAUACGGCGCGCCACGGUUAAAGUGAGCCUUCAGUGAGCAGAAUACGGUGUGCCACAGUGGGUCCCGGUGGACUGCUCCCUGCCUCUUCUCUUCCGAUGCUUUCCUCAAUGUGGGAACAGAUGAGAUUGGCAGAAGGAGGGAGCUCCCGGGGCAGUACUUUUCUAUCAGAGUGUGCCCACUGGUGUCACCUCGUAAUGUUGACUUGGGCUUCCUAAAGCAGCCCCACUCUGUUCUGAGAGUCACUGACUCCCGUGGAAAUCCCCACACGAAGCAGCCUUACAAAGUCCAGUCCCCCAGGGCACAGCGAGUGUCCUGGAAUAACGGCCCCACACCUGCGUCAGAAAUGGCUUGUUUUCAACGACGUGAUAAAAGCAAAGACCUUUUCUUUGGAAUUGAGAGCGACUGGGGGGUUUGGAUUGAAUUGUGGACAAAGAUAACAUGUGUAUUUUGAACAAAAUAAAAAUUUUAUAACAAAACUUUGAACAUCAGUGGCAUAAAAUCAACAUUUAAGACUAUAGGCUAUACAUUGAUUCAUUGCAUUAACCAGCUCCUUUGAUGCCUAGACAUGUUGUAGGAAAGCCUGCUAUGGCUGCCUUGUUUUCUGCCUCACAGCACAAAGGGCUAUUUCUGUAAGGUGAAGUUUUGUAUAUGUGCUAUUCUUUACUUCAGAUUGAGAGUUGGGAGAAAUGAGCAAAUAAUGGAUUUCUUACUUGCUUAAAAACAUAUUCAUAUGUGUAUCUUGACAUAGACAAGGCAGGUUCCCUAUAAAAGUCUGGAAUGUAUCACUUAGUUUCACACUUGUGUAGACACAGUUAUUUGUAACUGAAAAGUAGAAAAACACAUGGAUGUGUCACCUCAUUUUCAGUCUCUUGGGGGUCCUCUGUGUGAGACAUGGUGGUCUAAUUGUGAAAUUCUCACUGUAUAUGGGUGUCUGUGUGAAAAACAGCACUUUCUUCCUGUAAAUACCUUUUGAUAUCCAUUUGUGUAGAAUUCCAAUGAAUGUGUCUUUGGAAAAGGUAAUGUAUCAAAGUUUUUAUUUUGUCAAUUGAUCUAAAUGCCCAUAUAGCUAAUCAGAAAUCCAGUUGGGUUCACAUUAGGAUUUUCUUUUAAAGAAAAAAAAUAUAUGCAGAACAGACUGUUGGAGGAUUCAUGUGUUAGUGACACUUUACAUCAAUGUUGCUUCAGUAUUUUGGAAUUGACUAGGCUGCUUCCUUCUACCUACCAGAGAAUGUGCCUGCUAUUUCCCAGUGCUUACCUGGGCUGUAGGAGUCCAGUGGGGAUAGCUCCAGCCUCUUGCUUUCUGAGUCAUUUAUUCCGUUUACCUGAACCAGAGCCUUACCUGCAAUUCACGGUGAGCACUGGUCUGUAUCCUGACCCCACUCUAAGUGAGAUGGGCUGAGUCGUCGUACCUCUCUGGGCCUUUUCAUUUGAAACAGUUGGUUAUACUGUUGAGCUCAGAAGUCCCCUCUUGCCCUAACAUUUAAUUUUUAUUUUCCUGUGGUUACCAGUAGGGUCCGACGUGAAAUGUGAGGGAUCACUUAGAGAUCUGGAGGUUAUAUUUUUGCAUUCUUAGAGCUUGUACUCCCCAGGUGAGGACAUGUGUUAUUCUUAGUGUCCCUUAGUGUCCCUGCCCCCCGUUUGUAUUCCUGCUCCCCUUAACUGUACUUUUUUGGGUAAUCCCCCGCCUUUUUUUUUGAGGCGGAGUCUUGCCCUGUUGCCCAAGCUGCAGUGCAGUGGUGCAAUCUCAUCUCACUGUAACAACUUCUACCUGCUGGGUUCAAGCGAUUCUCCUGCCACAGCUUCCCAAGUUGCUGGGAUGUAGGCGCGUGCCACUACGCCCAGCUAAUUUUUGUAUUUUUAGUAGAGAUGAACUUUCACCAUGUUGGCCAGGCUGGUCUUGAACUCCUGACCUCAAGCAAUUCACCUGCCUUGGCUUCCCAAAGUGCUGGGGUUACAAACAUGAGCCACCACAUCCGGCCCCACUUUUUUCUACUCUUGAAACAAUGUUCCAGUCCAUGAGGUGCUUUGCCUCCAUCUCCCUCAAGAACAAAACAAAAAAUCCAUUUAAGAUGUCCUCCUAGGAAAGCAUAAGACCUGCCUUCAUGUAAAUCUGACACCUUUGUAGAAUAUUUAAAAAUUCUAGAAGAGGAUGGGAAACAAAAGUCUAAUUCAGUUAGAGCUGUGAUCCCCAAACUGUCUACUGCAGAAAGGCCGUCUUGUCACCUUGCAGGCAUCACUGCUGCUAAUCACAUCAGUACAGGCCUUCUGUGGGGAGUGGGGAGAUGGCAGGGGCGGGCAGGACCUGGGUAUGGGGUUAGAUAAAAUGCGAUAAUAUCUUCACGUGAGAUAAAAAAUCCUAGGCUACAGAGCAGGUUCUGUACUCAGAGUCGGUAUCUGAGGUCACCUGCAUGGUGUUACAGGGAUUUUUCCACUCAGUCAGUCACUCUAAAGAGUUUGCAUCAGACUCUAGACCUGUGCUACUCAGCGUGGGAGUCAACAGCCACAUGUGGCGAUGACUUCUCAGAACGUGGCUGUUCAAAUUGAGAGUGUGCUGUACACAUAACGUACACACCAGAUUCUGAAGACUGGGUGCCAAAAAGGAAUUUAAAAUAUUCCUUCAGUAUUUCAUGUUGCUAACAUGCUGAAAGGACUAUAUUUUGGAUAUAUUGAUUAAGUAAAAUAUUAGCAAUGUAAUAUAGAUAUUAUUAAAAAUUGAUUUUAUCCUUUUUAUCUUUAAGAAACAAAUGUGGCCCUUAAAGAAUGUAAAAUUAGACAAGUGAGUAACAUGGUACUUCUAAUGGGCAGUGCCAGGCUAGACUUACAUGGUGCGGGGUAGGCAGAGAAAUCCAUGAAUAGGAAAGGCAAUUCUGCAAAGCAUCUAAGUAGACAGAAACAACACAAAUAUUUUUGCUGGAGUCAGCAGCACUGUAAGGCACAGAACAUCUCCCAGAAAGAAUUAUCUUUUUUCUGCCUAAAAACCAACAUAUAUAUAUAUAUAUAUAUAUAUGAUCCCAAUUAAAAAACAAAAGCAAAUGAGCCCCAGACUGCCCAUCUUCAGCUCUGCCUGGGGGCUGCUACCUUUGCUCUUCCAGUGUCUUCUAGGUGCCGAGGAUAUUAGCCACAUGAGGGUGUGGGGCACAUUUGUUUCACUGUAGGCCAAGUUCUCCCGUGGUUUCCCCUCCCCAGGUAUUGUUGAGUCUGUUCAAAGCUGCGGGUGUUGAAGCGCUGCGGAAACCUGCCGCUGUCAGGGCGCUGCUUGUCCCGGCCUUGCAGAGGCCCAGUCUGUUCCUGUACCCACCUGUUUCAAUGGCUCCUGAAAGAGUUUGUAUUUAUUUUAUUUUGCAGUAGUCACAGUUGUUGUUAAACUAUAUCAAAUGUUUUGGGAGAGUAUUUGCCUGUGAUGGAAAGAUAAAUGGAUGAUUUAUUGCUUCAAUUGUUUUAAAUUAAAAGCUAUUCUCACAA